CGAAACAACCCAAAGAGAUCGAGUCCUGUCGACUCCCUCCACCGAUACCUUGCUAUCCUCAUCCACUAUACAAGGCCUUCGCCUGACUCGCAUGCUAUCGUCAUCCGUGGCUCCACCUUCUUGCCCUCUGGAACAUGUCGACCGCCUCGCGACCGCAGCACCAACGAGCGGUCUCUCUAAACGGCAUCGAAGCACAGCAGACCCUGCUCAAGAGACGCGACAAGGCGGCAGUCGAUCAUACAGAGCUCUUGGAAGAUGAUCUGAACGCUAUCGGUUUCGGCUCGUACCAUCUGCGCCUGAUGUGCUUGUGCGGGCUAGGCUGGCUCUCGGACAAUGCGACGCUUCAGUGCAUCGCAGUCAUCCUGCCUCGUGUUCAGAUACACUAUAAUUUGAGCUCUACAGAUACCUCGCUCUUAUCCGCCUCGGCGAUGGCAGGAAUGGCUGUCGGAGCGUAUUCGUGGGGAAGCAUCGCCGAUUCGACCGGUCGAACGUUGCCAUACCACGCGACCAUUCUCCUCACCGGCAUCUUCAACCUGGGAGCCUCCUACUCGUCGAGCUUCGGGUCACUUUGCAUAUGGAUGUUCGCCGUCGGGACCGCUGUAGGAGGUUCGAUGCCGACCGACGGCACGCUCUUUCUAGAAAACCUCCCCAUAAGCAAACAGUACCUCUUGACCAGUCUUUCCACCUUUUUCGCAUUUGGAGCCGUCAUGUCAAGUGUGAUCGGGCUGCUCGUAUUGCCCGGAGCCUCGUGCGCUCAGGCCGAAGGGUGUGAUGUUGAUGGGGGAGCGAAUGACGGAUGGAAAAAGAUGCUGUUUGUCUUGGCUCUGCUGGACUUUGCCAUGGUAAUCGCUCGAUCGGCUGCGUUCAGGCUACACGAAUCACCCAGGUAUCUCGUUGCGAGUCGUCGAAAAGAAGAGUGCGCCAAGGUACUCGGCAAGAUUGCACACUAUAACAAGCUGGUCGACUUUACUCCUUCAGUCGGCGGCGAAGGAUCUCUCAAACGAAUGGCCAACGUCCCGAUCGUCUUGUUUGAAGCGCCUACCGUGGACCGGCGUCCGGUCGAGAUCGCCCAUACGCCCCCACCGCAUGCGAGAAUGACUAGCAGCGCGAGAUUGGAAACAAAGAACACGCCCUUGUACGGACACAAACUCAGUUCGUCCCUCAGUUCCAGUAAUCCACCGGGGAAGCCCAGAAACCCUUUCUUCACCCCGAGCGAAGAAUUGGGACAACCAGAUUGGGAAGGAUCCGAUGGGCGCCGCACGCCAACCCAACUUCGCCAUUCUGUCGACGGCGUCAAACGCGCGAGCAUAGAAGAGGAAGGAGAAGAACCGCACUCAGACGAUGAGGAGGAGAGGGGUCUUGCUCGGAAAGAAGGUUAUAUCAGUUUCAAAGAACGAUUGAUGACCGGGCUCGACGAUUGGGGAGCACGUUUCGCCGUCCUCUUUGGCGCACAAUGGCGCCUGACCUUUUUCUUAAUGGUUUUCAUAUGGAUGACAAUGGCGCUUGCUUACGGAAUGUUCAACGUUUGGCUGCCGACUGUAUUGGAACAGCGGUCACGGGAUGCAGGCAAAGGACUGUACGACGCUCUUCUCGAAUACGUCUGGUUUUCUAUCGCUGGCAUUCCCGGCUCAAUCUUUGGUGGCUGGCUCAUCGAGACGAGACUGGGUCGUCGCAAAAGUCUGGCGCUGUCCACCGUCUUGACGGCGUGCAUGUGCUUGAUCUUCAGUCAGACCACGUCCAGGUGGGCAGAGGUGCUCUCCACUUGCAUGCUAUCGAAUGCUGCUGUGACGAUGUAUGCGAUCUUGUACGGCAUGACUCCAGAAACGUUCACGACAUCGCUUCGUGGUACAGCAGUCGGAUUCUUAGCAGCCUCGAGCCGAAUAGCCGGUAUUGCGGCACCCAUCGUCGCCGGGAGUCUUCUCGCCAGACAACAAUCCUUGCCGCUGAUAUGCUCGGCUAUUGUGUUCGCCUCGACCGCGACCUGUGCCGUUUUCCUCCCCUUCGAAAGGGCGCCCGGAACAAGAAGCUCAGGAGCUGUCUCGAUGGCGCAUUGACGACCUUACCACCGCCUCGUAUGGGCGAUGACGACCUUUGACGACCGACUGCGACGGCAUGACCACUUUAUCUCGA